UCACGGUAAGUCAUUAACUGCUCCGUUAAUCGAAUCUUCUUCUUCUUCCUUAGUGAGCAAGAGAGAGGACUAGCUGUAACGCCGGCCCAGAGAUGCAUGAAAUAGACCUUCACGAUCUUUCAGACGAUUCCGAUUACGCUGCUUCUAUACAACAAGGUUCAGCGAGGAUGACUAGGAGUGGUAGUAGUAAUCGGAGCUCAUCCAGUGAGCAAGCCGGUGUUGAAAUAGUGUAUUUGAAAGAUAAUGUGGCGAUACACCCGACUCAGCAUGCAUGGGAGAGGAUUAGAGGUCGGCUGAAGCUGAUCAAGCAAGGAGGUUCUCUGUUAAUGACUUGGAUUCCAUAUGAAGGGCAAAGUUCAAGUGCAAGGCUAUCUGAAAGAGAUAAGAGUCUCUAUACAAUAAGAGCAGUUUCUUUCGCGGAUAUUAGGUCAAUCCAUAAACACUCUCCUACAUUGGGUUGGCAGUAUGCUAUUAUAGUUUUGUCAUCGGGACUGGCAUUUCCUCCACUUUAUUUUUAUAAUGGAGGUCUCAAAGAAUUUCUUGCAACAGUUAAGCAACAUGUUUUUCUUGCGAGGUCAGCUGAAGAUGCAAAUACAUUUCUUGUCAAUGAUUUCCAAGAUCCGCUCCAGAGAACUCUCUCUUCCUUGGAGCUUCCCGGGGUCAUUUCUGUCGCGAACAGUCCAACAUCAUCUGUUGCACCUAGUGAAUCUUCACCCAAUCGGACAGAUGAUGAAGCCCUUGAUAAGAACUCCACACAUAUUCAACAAAAUGGCUGGCAAAGACAAAAGAUAAAUGAUCCUCGACAUUUAUCUAUUCAAGUACUGGAGAAAUUUUCUCUUGUCACCAGAUUCGCACGUGAAACCAAAUCUCAACUUCUUCGUGAAGCUCAUGGUGAUGGUUUCAUUUCUAAUGCAAGGAGGAAGCAUGACAAAAAACCAAAUAGUUACUCUUUUGUUGUUGAAUCUAAUGAUGUUCACAAGCCGUCUGAAGAUUUUCCUGCAGAUCUUUUGGAGGAAAGUUCUUGUGAGGAACCUAGUCAGAAUGGAGGAGCUGCAUUGCGUGAUGAAACUUUUGAGCAUGACAAAUUGUCACUAGUAUGGGGAAAACCGCGCCAGCCUCCGUUGGGAUCAAAAGAGUGGUCCUCCUUUUUGGACUCUGAAGGGAGGGUCAAAGACUCGCAGGCACUAAGAAAGAGGAUCUUUUAUGGAGGAGUGGAGAAAGGUCUGAGGAAAGAGGUUUGGAGAUUUCUAUUGGGAUAUCAUUCGUACGAUUCAACUUAUGCUGAGAGGAAAUACCUUGUGUCUAUCAAAAAGUCAGAGUAUGAAACAAUAAAGAACCAGUGGAAGAGCAUCUCCAAAGAGCAGGCUAAAGGAUUUACGAAAUUCCGGGAAAGGAAACAUCUCAUUGAAAAAGAUGUGGUCAGGACUGAUAGGUCAAUUCCAUUCUAUGAUGGGGAUGAUAAUUCUAAUGUGAAGUGUUUGCAUGACAUACUGCUCACUUACUCAUUCUACAACUUUGACCUGGGUUACUGUCAGGGUAUGAGUGAUCUUCUUUCGCCAAUAUUAUAUGUGAUGGAAGAUGAACCAGAAUCGUUUUGGUGCUUUGUGGCAUUGAUGAAGCGGCUUGGUCCAAAUUUUAAUCGUGACCAGAGCGGAGUGCAUUCUCAGCUUUUUGCGUUGUCGAAGUUGGUGGAGGUAUUGGAUAAUCCCUUGCAUAAUUACUUCAAGCAGCAGGACUGCUUGAAUUAUUUCUUCUGCUUUCGCUGGGUUCUUAUACAAUUCAAAAGGGAAUUUGACUUUGAGAAAACAAUGCGGUUGUGGGAGGUCUUAUGGACACAUUAUUUGAGUGAACAUCUUCAUCUGUAUUUCUCUGUUGCAAUUCUGAGAAGAUACCGCAGUAAAAUAAUAGGAGAAGAGAUGGAUUUCGACACACUGCUGAAAUUUAUCAAUGAGCUAAGUGGUCAUAUUAACCUGGAUGCUAUCCUUAGGGAAGCUGAGGCUUUGUGUAUAUGCGCCGGUGAAAAUGGUGAAGCUUGCAUCCCUCCUGGAACUCCACCUUCGUUACCAUUUGAGAUUACUUCAAUGUACAAUCAACAGGAUGAUGAUGAUGUACUGUAACCACUUGUGGAUUUAAAUUUCAUAGAUUGACAUAUGACCUUGGCAAUCAGUGUGAUAUUCUUUUCAGUGUAUAUAUGGAUUCUGAUAAUCAGAAUAAUUUUUUUGCUAGAA